AUGUCAGCUCCAGAUGAGAAUCAAAUCAAACAAAUCAUAUCCGAACAAGCAAUGAAACAACCAAAUCCGGAUAAAAUGAAAGUGACAAAAAUUGAAUUGAGAAAGGUAAAUGCUUUUUUUUGCUUUUCUGAUUCUAACUGUAUAUUUUUUAGAAAACAUUGAAAGAGUUGGAAGAAAUGGCAACAGCCAGAUCAAAAGAUGAUAAAGAUACUGAUGAAGAAGAAGCAAAUCUUCCAGUUCCUCAUGUUUGUCCAUCUGAAUAUUCGUUGAAAGAAUUAAACAAUCAAUUGAUUCCUCUUCCAAUUGUUAGAGCUUUUAAUUCAGCCGAAGGAAAAAUUCGAAAGAAACAAUGA